AUGAAGACUUUGGCCAUCUUGGUUCUCUGCUCCCUGGCUGCCAUCUGUCUGGCUUCAGAUGCCUCCACUGGCUCCCAGCCUGCAGACAACCCUGCUCAGGAAGGCUGGAGAGGUACUACUUUCACAUCACCUAUAAGAAGCAGUGGGCAACUCUCUCUCUCCCCCCUCAGCCUGAGAGAAGUGUGUGAGGCCAACCUGGGUUGUGAGGACAUGAUGGACACGCAUGGAAUCAUCGCCGCCUACACCGCCUACUACGGACCAGUCCCCUAUUAG